ACUGGGCUCCCUGCUGUCCUGAGCGGUUCUUUGGUUUUCAGCUGAACGGACGGCGUGCGCUGCCAUGGCGACCCCUGCGCAGCCCAAGAAAAUCGUGGCUCCCACAGUGUCGCAAAUCAACGCGGAGUUUGUGACCCAGUUGGCUUGCAAAUACUGGGCUCCCCACAUCAAGAACAAAUCACCCUUUGAUAUAAAAGUCAUUGAAGAUAUAUAUGAGAAAGAAAUUGUCAAAUCAAGAUUUGCCAUUCGAAAGAUAAUGCUUCUGGAAUUUAGUCAGUAUCUCGAAAAUUACCUCUGGAUGAAUUAUUCCCCAGAAGUGUCCAGCAAGGCCUACUUAAUGUCAAUCUGCUGUAUGGUGAACGAGAAGUUCAGAGAAAAUGUCCCUGCAUGGGAGACUUUUAAGAAGAAGCCAGACCACUUUCCAUUCUUUUUUAAGUGCAUCUUGAAGGCAGCAUUAGCCGAAACUGAUGGGGAAUUUUCACUUCAUGAACAGACUGUCUUACUGCUUUUUCUUGAUCACUGCUUCAAUAGUUUGGAAGUCGACUUGAUCCGGAGUCAAGUGCAGCAGCUCAUCUCCCUUCCGAUGUGGAUGGGUUUACAACCUGCACGAUUGGAAUUAGAAUUAAAAAAGACACGCAAACUAAGGAAAUUCUGGAACUUAAUUAAGAAGAAUGAUGAAAAGAUGGAGCCAGAAGCAAGAGAACAGGCUUAUCAAGAAAGAAGAUUUCUUUCACAACUCAUCCAGAAGUUUAUCUCCGUACUGAAAUCAGUCCCACUCUCAGAACCCGUCACUGUGGAUAAAGUUCAUUACUGUGAAAGAUUCAUAGAACUUACGAUUGAUCUAGAGGCCUUACUUCCCACUAGGCGCUGGUUUAACACCAUCCUGGAUGACUCCCACCUGUUGGUUCACUGUUACCUUUCCAAUCUUGUUCGUAGGGAAGAGGAUGGUCAUCUUUUUUCCCAGGUGAGUUUUGAUAGAGCUGCUUUUGCACAUUUUCCAGAGCUCUAUGAUUUUGCCCUCUCCAAUGUGGCUGAAGUAGAUACGCGGGGGUCCCUGGUGAAGUAUUUCGGCCCUCUGAGUUCAAACACACUCCACCAGGUGGCAUCAUACCUCUGCUUGCUGCCAACCCUUCCUAAAAAUGAAGACACAACCUUUGAUAAAGGAUUUCUUUUGGAAUUGUUGGUAUCUCGUCAUGAACGUCGAAUUUCUCAGAUUCAGCAGCUAAACCAGAUGCCUUUGUAUCCAACUGAGAAAAUAAUAUGGGAUGAAAACAUUGUCCCAACCGAGUAUUACUCUGGAGAAGGCUGUCUUGCUCUUCCCAAGUUGAAUUUGCAGUUUUUGACUCUUCAUGACUACCUCCUCAGGAACUUCAAUCUCUUCCGCUUGGAGUCUACUUAUGAAAUUCGACAGGACAUCGAGGACAGUGUUAGCAGAAUGAAGCCCUGGCAGUCGGAGUAUGGCGGUGUCGUGUUUGGUGGCUGGGCGAGAAUGGCCCAGCCCAUCGUGGCUUUCACCGUCGUUGAGGUCGCCAAGCCAAACAUAGGUGAAAACUGGCCAACGCGCGUCCGUGCCGAUGUUACCAUCAAUCUGAAUGUCAGGGAUCACAUCAAAGACGAAUGGGAAGGUCUUCGUAAGCACGAUGUAUGCUUUUUAAUUACUGUGCGUCCCACGAAACCUUAUGGCACUAAGUUCGACCGGAAGAGACCUUUUAUUGAGCAGGUUGGCCUGGUUUAUGUCAGAGGCUGUGAAAUCCAGGGCAUGCUGGAUGAUAAAGGACGUGUCAUUGAAGAUGGACCUGAACCCAGACCCAAUCUUAGAGGAGAGUCAAGGACAUUUAGAGUAUUUUUGGAUCCAAACCAGUAUCAGCAAGAUAUGACCAAUACUAUCCAAAAUGGGGCAGAAGAUGUAUAUGAAACUUUCAAUGUAAUAAUGAGAAGAAAACCGAAGGAAAAUAACUUUAAGGCUGUGCUGGAGACCAUUCGGAACCUGAUGAACACAGACUGUGUGGUACCUGACUGGCUGCAUGACAUCAUUUUAGGUUAUGGAGAUCCAAGCAGUGCACAUUAUUCAAAAAUGCCCAAUCAGCUUGCCACCCUGGAUUUCAAUGACACAUUUCUCUCCAUUGAACAUUUGAAGGCCAGUUUUCCUGGUCAUAAUGUGAAAGUUACUGUGGACGACCCAGCUCUGCAGAUACCGCCUUUCAGGAUCACGUUUCCGGUCAGAAGUGGAAAAGGGAAAAAAAGGAAAGAUACAGAUGGGGAAGAUGAAGACACUGAAGAGGCAAAAACCUUAGUUGUUGAACCUCAUGUCAUUCCUAACAGAGGACCAUAUCCCUACAACCAACCCAAACGGAACACAAUUCAAUUCACUCAUACACAGAUAGAGGCUAUCCGUGCGGGUAUGCAGCCUGGGCUGACCAUGGUUGUAGGCCCACCUGGUACAGGAAAGACUGAUGUGGCAGUCCAAAUCAUAUCCAACAUCUACCAUAAUUUCCCAGAGCAGAGGACAUUAAUUGUGACUCACUCCAAUCAGGCCCUGAACCAGUUGUUUGAGAAAAUCAUGGCUCUAGACAUUGAUGAGCGCCAUCUCCUGCGUCUUGGUCACGGGGAAGAGGAACUAGAGACCGAGAAGGAUUUUAGCAGGUAUGGACGAGUUAAUUAUGUCCUGGCUCGAAGAAUAGAGCUUUUAGAAGAAGUGAAACGAUUGCAAAAGAGUCUAGGUGUUCCCGGAGAUGCCUCAUACACUUGUGAAACUGCGGGCUAUUUUUUCUUAUACCAGGUAAUGUCUCGUUGGGAAGAGUAUGUUAGUAAAGUGAAGCACAAAGGCAGUGCGGAGCCAGGCGUUGCAGACACCUCCGCUUUCUUCCCCUUUCAUGAGUACUUUGCAAACGCGCCUCAGCCCAUCUUUAAAGGCAGGUCUUAUGAAGAAGACAUGGAAAUUGCUGAGGGAUGUUUCAGGCAUAUUAAGAAAAUUUUUACUCAGCUUGAGGAAUUCAGAGCCUCUGAGCUGCUUCGAAGUGGACUGGACAGAUCUAAGUACCUUCUGGUGAAGGAAGCCAAAAUCAUCGCAAUGACCUGUACGCAUGCUGCCUUAAAACGACAUGACUUGGUCAAGUUAGGCUUCAAGUAUGACAACAUAUUAAUGGAAGAGGCCGCUCAGAUUCUGGAGAUCGAAACUUUUAUACCUCUUCUUUUACAGAAUCCUCAGGAUGGGUUUAGCCGGCUGAAGCGGUGGAUUAUGAUUGGUGAUCAUCACCAGUUACCUCCAGUCAUUAAGAACAUGGCCUUCCAGAAGUACUCCAACAUGGAGCAGUCUCUCUUCACCCGCUUCGUUCGUGUUGGAGUCCCUACAGUGGACCUCGAUGCCCAAGGGAGAGCCAGAGCCAGCUUGUGCAACCUCUACAAUUGGCGAUACAAGAAUCUCGGCAACUUGCCUCAUGUGCAGCUCUUGCCAGAGUUUAGAACGGCAAAUGCGGGACUGCUGUAUGACUUCCAGCUCAUUAAUGUGGAAGACUUCCAGGGAGUUGGAGAAUCUGAACCUAAUCCUUACUUUUAUCAGAAUCUUGGAGAGGCAGAAUAUAUAGUAGCGCUUUUUAUGUACAUGCGCCUACUUGGUUACCCUGCUGACAAGAUCAGUAUUCUCACAACAUACAAUGGACAGAAGCAUCUCAUUCGUGAUAUUAUCAAUAAACGAUGUGACUAUAUUCCAUUGAUUGGAAGACCAAAUAAGGUGACAACUGUUGACAGAUUCCAAGGUCAACAAAAUGAUUAUAUUCUUCUUUCUUUAGUUAGAACCAGGGCAGUAGGCCACCUGAGGGAUGUCCGUCGCUUAGUGGUGGCCAUGUCUAGAGCCAGACUUGGACUUUAUAUUUUUGCCAGAGUAUCUCUCUUCCAAAACUGUUUUGAACUAACUCCAGCUUUCAGUCAGCUCACAGCCCGCCCACUUCAUUUGCAUCUAAUUCCAACCGAACCUUUCCCGACUGCAAGAAAGAACGGAGAGAGACCAUCUCAUGAAGUACAGGUAAUAAAGAAUAUGCCCCAGAUGGCAAGAUUUGUGUACGACAUGUACUUGCAUUUAAUGCAAACUACACAUCAUUAUCAUCAGACUUUCCUGCAGUUACCUCCUGCUAUGGUAGAAGAAAGUGAGGAAGUCCAAAGUCAAGAAACAGAAUUAGAAACUGAAGAAGAGGCCACUGCUGUUCAAGCUGACCCUCUGCCCAGUGCAGAAGAUUCCAGCUCCAACCCAGAAAGUUCAGCCUCCCAAACUGAGACCACCCCAGAUCUAGUUGACCACCCCAAAUCACCCAGCCAGUUCCAAUCCACGCCUGCUCCUGUAGAGUCCACAACCAGUGUGGCAGCAUCAGUAACUGCACCCACAAAGGCCAGCGCCCCUCAGGAUGGCACACCUGCCGCUGAUGAGACCAAGUAGCCAAACCGUCACCAUUCUUUGGGAGGACAUUUUCUUCGAAGUCUAUGAAAGGUUACUUCUUGCGUUUUACAUUUCCUUCUGCCUUUUCCCAUGGCACUAAUUAAAAUCUGUAUUCUUUAUUUUUA